ACCAAAUAAAUAAAUGAAAUGCAGCAAAAGAAACCUUUUCGUUUAUCCUAAAGCUUUGUAUCUUUUCCACUACGAAUAAUCUGAACAAAACCCUUUCUCAAAACUCAGAAAAAGUUAAUCUGAUGUGCCGGUGAUUGGAUUCGUACUUAGAACCCUAGAUCCCUACAUUUUAUAAGUGGUUUUGUUAAGGAUCUGCAAGUUUUUAGGGUUUCUGAGAGCCACCAUGGUGGGCACUAAGCCGCCGAUUGAAUCAGCAGCAGUACCACCAGCACAGACAGUGACAGCAUCAGCGGAAGAAGAAGCGCUCAAAAGAAACACUGAUUGCGUUUACUUUCUGGCUUCUCCUUUAACUUGCAAAAAGGGAAGCGAAUGCGAGUACCGCCAUAGUGACGUUGCAAGGGUAAACCCAAGGGACUGUUGGUACUGGUUACAUAGUAAUUGCCUGAAUCCGAAGUGUGGGUUCCGCCACCCGCCGCUGGAUGGACUGUUGGAGACACAAGCUCAAACUUCUGCUUUGUCUGCUGUACCUCCAUCGCAGGCUGCCUCUACACCUGCUCCACAUGUUCCAACUGCCUCUGGUAAACAAGGGGUACCCUGCAUAUUCUUCCAGAAAGGGUACUGUUUGAAAGGUGACUGGUGUCAAUUUUUGCAUGCACCGAAUUCUGUGAGUAACAAAAACAUUCAGGUACCAGUAAUGUCUACUGCUGGGCCUGCAUCUUUCAAGAAUACUUUUGGUGGACCCGAAAAGUAUGCACAAGAAAAGGUCCCGUCUAAAACUGUACAAAAAUCAGUUGAGUUACCUUUGCAUACAAAACCAGCCAUGACAAAACCUGCCAUGAAAGUAGAACCCACUCCUGCGAGGAAUGAAUUUUCUAUAGGCAAAAAGACACUAACGACUUCAGAAAUGAAUGAAGAGUUUUCCGUCUACAGACCAGCUAGUAUUUCACCUACUAAUAAUGGAAAGCAAUCCAGCAGGACUAUCUGGGUUCAGCAGUCUCAUCCGGUAGAUGAACAUGGUAGUAUGAACAGUAAGGAUGCAGAAGAAUUUUCGAGAGAGCCCUCACCUGGUUUUGAUGUUCUGGUGGAUGAUGAACUAAGAGAUUCGGAUUACUAUCCUGGUGAAGAUCAGUAUGGAAUGACUGGGAAUCAUGAAGGCAGAAAUGAUUAUGACAUUGGGCAUUCUGCUGAUUAUAAUUCAAUGGUUGAUGUUGACCGUGAUAUACAUCGUGAUCCUCGUCGUUAUGACUCGUAUGAGCGCACUCAAGGUCAGCACGCUUGGGAGCAGCACAGGGCUUCAUCUGAGAGGAUGUCAGGAGGGUCUGCUUACCAGAACAAGAGACAUGCUAGAGUCAAUGGCCCCGAUCUAGUUAGUGAAACAGAUCUAAGGAAUCAUUUAUCAAAGCACAGAAGAAGUAAUGGUUUGAGAUCUGUCAUCAGUCAUGAAUAUACACGUGACAGAUAUGUUGAUGAUCAAGGAUACAACGUUUCGACUAGGGAAACACAAUAUUUGCCCCCACGUGAUAGUUCUCUUAGCAGUCGCCUUCGAGGAAGGAUAAAGCUUCCGGGGAGAUCUUCUACACUCAAUGGAAGGGACUUGCAAGUUGAUAGGGAAAUAAUUAGCGGAACAGAUCAUGGUAGAUCGUCUUCUGGAAGGACACAACAGUCCUCUCACCAUGGAAGGCUUCGAGACAUAAUAAAGGGGGAGGAAGAUGAUUUUAAUGUUGGCGGGAAGAAUAAUAGAGGUGCAAACUUAAGAAGAGAAAUCAAGGGUGAAAAUAUUACUGCCUUUGCUGGUCCAAAAAGUCUUGCAGAGCUUAAAAGCAGGAAAAAUGGUAAGACUAGUGAGCAGCAAUCCCUUGGGAAGAGAAAACACUCGAUGCUUGAUGGCUAUCAACGACCAUUUGAAGGGCCUAAGCCUCUGGAAGAGAUUCUGAAGCAGAAAAGGGGUGAAAUAACUGCCUCAGGUAAUAAUAAGGACAACAAUCAAAAGGAAGAAGGAAUGCAGAAAAUGACGAAGAUUACUCUGACUGUGGAGGAUCAGCGUGCUCUUUCCUCAGCACCUGUUAAUGAGUAUUCCAAAUCUGCAUCAGGUGAUGAUGGAGCAGAAAAUUACAGAUCACGUGAUGCUAGAGAGCUAGAAUCUCAAGAUGGAAUGAUAGUUGAGGAUCGGUUGGAUGACCAAGGACAUGAUGCAUAUAAGCAGAGGGCUGGUGCAUCCGAUUAUGUGCAAGUGGAUGGAGAAUGUUAUGAUGACUUAGAUGAAGGUGAAAAUGGAGAUGCGGAAGAGGAAUACCCUGAUGAUGAAGAUGGAGACGACUUUGCAAAGAAGAUGGGUGUCAUGUACUCUUGAGAAGGAUAAAUGUUGGAUUUAUGGCUCUUGCUAUCAAUCCAAUUUAUUUUGAAGCUUUGAAGGCGUUGUUUUGGUUUGCUAAGUGUUAGCAAAUUCAAUUUUUUUCUCUACUGAUUUUGAGCUUAGAAGUAGAGAAAUUGAACUUCCUCCUAUGUAUCAUCGUAAACUUCUUGUUGGUCCGUCUUUAAACGAUUGACUGGAUGAUACUUCUCUUCAGUUGUAUGGGUUUGGAUGGUUAUUGAUUUUCUUUGACGCUUGAAGAUCAAUAACAAAAUAUUGUUUCUUCCAUACAUGGUUGUUGAGGUUGGUGCUAUAUCCAAUUUUGGUUAUUAGAUUUUCGUCUUGUUUUUACGGAUUCAAUAACUGGUACAGACUAAUAAAUGAUUUAUAUUGUUGGCUU